AUGCCAGAGAUCAUCAAGAAUACAGGUAGCACAGCGAGGGACUUUUGCAUGCUAGAGAGGAACCUCCUUUCGCACCUCAAACUGGCGUUACUUUUGUCGCUGCUGGCGUCGUCAAUUCUGUUACGGGCCCGACUAGUACCCGAAGAGGACAGGGAACGGCAGAACGGGGGAAUACCAUUGGCUUCUAUCGAAUUUGGGGCGGCGAUGCUUGCGAUUAUCGCAGGGUGCUGGGAAUACGUGAACAACUACAAGGACUUGAAACACUCGAGGGCAUUCCUUGCUGCACCAAAGGUCCACGGGAUGAUUAUGAGCGUAGUUGCGGUCAUCGUGUUUGGAACGUGCAUCGCACUCAUCGCCUUCGACUAG